UGUGGGCUAAGCCGAUGGCGCCAAGGAAAGGCAAUCCCGACAGAUGGAGGCAAGAUGGGGAAGGAGAUCGCGGCGGCGGUGGAAAGGGAAGUGGGGAUCGCCGCAGCAGAAAGAAAAUGACGCGAGUGAGCCGCGGAGCCAGUCCAUGCGCUUCUAGUUCUGGUUGUGGGAGUCGACGCGAGCAAGCCGAGCUGGGCCUUCUCCUGGUGCAGAUGGAGCCGUGUGGGCACGCUGUCGGAUCACUCGCUCGUCCACGCGUCGCCAAUCUGAAUCGGGUGUGCACGGUGCGGGGUUUGCAGCCGGUCUGCACAGAAUUUUUUUCCAAGUUUGUGUCCUUUCUUCUUCCAACGGUUGCUCUCCUCUCUUCCGAGUUCCGACUUUCGAAAUUUCCAAAACCCUCGAUCAUCUCCACCCAGCGUCUCAGCCAUCGAUCGAUCAUGGAGUGGGAGGAUGAUGGGGAGGAGGCGGCGGGCUCCGGCGGCCAGCUCGGCGGCGCACCGCUGUACGCGGUGGGGGACGAGGUCGAGGUGCGCAUGGACGACCCCGGCUUCCACGGCGCCUUCUACGAGGCCACCGUCUCCGCGCGCCUCCCGUGCUCCGGCCGCUACGAGGUCAUGUACUCCACGCUCGUCGAGGGGGGAGGAGGCCGCGGCCGCCGCGGCGGUGGCCCGCUCCGGGAGACAGUCGCCGCGUGCGACGUGCGGCCGAGGCCGCCGCCGCCGCCGCCGCCGCCGCUGGCGGAGGACGGGGCGGCGCCGGGGCGCGAGCUCAACGUGUUCGACAUGGUGGAGGCGUACCACAGGGAAGGGUGGUGGCCGGGCGUGGUGUCCGCGGCAUGGCCGGCUCGCGGGCGGAAGGCGGCGGCGGCGAUGUACACCGUGUCGUUCCCGUCGUGCCGGGAAGAGGCGAAGCUCCCGGCCUCGCUCGUCCGGCGGCGGCGGGCGUUCGUGCGCGGGCGCUGGAUGGACGCGCGCGACGUGGUUCCAAGGGUGCCGCAGUAUGACGAAGGGAGCAAUGUGGAAGUCAUGUUGGAUACAGGAAAGCACCGUGCAGCCUGGGUAACUGCUACUGUCAUUAAGAUGGUUAGCAGUAAAAACUAUGUUGUUAGGCUUAAAAAUAAGGAAGGCUCAGUUAACAUCGUAGAUUACUGCUAUAUUCGACCACAACCUACCUUUGACAGAAAGAAGUUUGAGUAUGAACUGGAGCCCUCUGCAGAGGUUGAAGUGAAUCUGGGUGGUGCCUGGUCGCUAGGCGUCAUCUCAGAUGUUGGAAGCUGUGGAUAUGGGGUAAGGCUAAAAGGACAUGAUAGCUCAGAGGAAGAGGACUACAUGCUUGUGUUGCGUGCUUUACUCAGACCCUACUGCAAACAGGAUGAUCAGGAAUUGAUGCCUUGUACAGCAAAGGUAACAAAGUUGAACAAGCUAGAGAACAAGAACAUAAAAGGGAAGGCGCGCAUGCUAGUUUCAAGGAAACUGCCUAACCUAGGCUGCACACGGAGUGGUGGUAAACAAAGACACAGCAUGAAAAAGGAAUUUGCUUGUACAAGUUUGGAUCUUCCAUGUAUCUCUGCACCUAAAGAUGCUGUUGAAAUCAAGGGCAAAUCUAGUUAUGUCGAUGUAGUCGAAAUCAGUGACAACUCUGGCUAUGAUGUUAUUCAUAUCAGCGAUGAUUCGAGCUGUAACCCUAGAAGAAAGAGAAGGCGACAGAAUCUCCUAGAGGAAUAACUCCAUUCCCGGCAUACUUCCUAUCCGAUUCAAGAAUCACAAUCCAGGCUGAAUAUGUCACCAGCACGAAGUCCUUUGAACUGUGACCCGUUGCUAGAUGUAAUGAGGCAUCCUAAAGUAGAGUCGUGCAACCAUGUGUUAUCACAAUCUUGUCGCCAUUGGAAACACCACAGGCUCAUUUCAACAACAAUGCUGGGCAGCUAAUUCCUCUGCCAAGUUAUCCGGUAUUAGAGAAGUUGCCAGUUAAAGUGCUUCCUGAAAUGAAUGAAAUGAAAGAAACAAAUCAUGCUCAUUUACAAGCUGAGUUCUUGGCACCUGAUGAUUGUACAGCCGGAGACCAAAACUAUGCUCUGCCUAUAAAAGUUGAGGUGGAGAGCUGGGUCGCUGAUAUCCGCAAGAAAGAAGCAGGUACCGGUCUGACUACCUCAAACAACUCAAUGCAGACAAUUACUGAUAGUGGUGAAGACAAUUCAAGAAGGCCACGAUCAGGAGAUUCUGAGAUACCAAAUUCCAGUAAAUUAGAACCAUAUUCAUCUGAGCAACAAAGACAUACGUUUCAAUUUGUUUCUCGGAACAAACUGGAAGUGCCAGUGAGACAUAAGAAGGCCCCUGAUGCUCUGGAGAUGAAUACCAAUUCGGUUGUCUUCUCUCCCAAGGAGCAAACACACUGUAAUUUGGAGAUCUUUAGUCCAAACUCCAAGAAGAUCAUUGAUGCGUCACACUAUGAAAGUUAUGCGUCAUUACAGCAGCAUCCUUUGGGCCAAUGUCAAGUUCCAAAUUAUUGGAGUGCUGCAGGGCAAUCUUCAUUUGUGCAUCCGAGCAUAACAAUGAACCUAUUCACAAUAUUGCCAGCACCUAACAGUCAUCCAACUACUUUUGCCUCAAGCUUGUUGAUGGGGCCUUGUGAGAAAAUAGAGGUUUUUGAGAAUCUGCCACAAUUACCACAUUUCGGAAAGUUGAUUGGUUGCCCUCCUGAGCUCCGCGAAGGAAAGGCUCUGGGGCUAAUGGCAUCCUUCGCAAAUAUAGCAGAGAGCAUACAAAACAUGUGAAUUCAGGACGAAGAAAACGUCUUUGAGGAGAAACUGAGGUGCCUCUCGGAAUUGGAAGAGGACGGAUUUGAUGUUAGGGCCCUGAAGGAGCGGCUUGAAAACCUCGUGAGCAUAAAGAAUCACCAGACAGAACUCAAGAAGAAAAGAGCAAGAUUGGAUCAGUUCAUGCUUGAGAGAGAGGUGGACAAUGCCUCUGUAGAGCAAAGCCAGAAGCUGCUCGACAUAAUGAUCAAGGAGCUUGAGCUGAAACUUUUAGAGUACCGAGAGAAGAAGGCAUCACUCGUGGAGAAGAAAGCAGCGAACUGUUCGGAAAUUGCAAAGCUCCAAGGCGACAUGGAUCAAAUUGAGGAGUCAUUCCUUUCUGCCGAGUAUGAUUUCCACACCACCGCUGCUGCGCCGUGGUAAACAUUGAUGACAGCAGAGAGCUCUGUUCACAGUUCACCUAGACAUAUCACAUACGCAUAUGGUUCACUGAUGUGAUGUGAUCCAAUGCAUUAGGGGAAUGAGGCAGCUAGUUCUCUUUUGCCUAGACUUGAAAUGCUGAACUUAAUUAAGUUUGUAUGUAUAAUGGUUGUCACUUGAAUUUGGUAGAUCAUCUCAUUCAAUCAGGCUUGCCCCCCUGACAUUGAUAUGCGCUGUUUGGCCUUUAACCCCCCCCUUAGUGUUGGCCAAUCAAGCAGCUGUAAUUUUCUUUGUAUUCUCUUGGUUGUAACCCCUGUACUCCGUUUUUUUUUUCUA